GUCGUUGGCAAGUUCAAAAGACCACCGUAUAGUUGUGAAAACUUAUGUGAAAAUGCCGGGGAAAAUUGCACUGAAUCCCCUUCCUCCAGGCACGAAACAGCCUGGUCUAGCACAGUCACUGUUGUACAGUGGCAGUAAAUUCCAGGGUCAUCAAAAAAGUAAAGGGAAUCGAUACGACGUCGAAGUUGUAUUGAAGCACGUUGACCAGGAGAAGGGCUUUCUUUGUGGAUAUCUGAAAAUAAAGGGCCUUACAGAUGAAUAUCCUAAUCUAACAACUUUUUUUGAUGGUGAGAUAAUUGGCGAUAAACAUCCCUUUUUGACAAGGAAAUGGGUAAGGAAUUAUACAGCAUUAGG